AUGGCCACUCCAUCGCGCUUCGUAGACAUUGGGCGGGCGCUGGAGUGCUUCUCAGCGCCUGCAUCGACGCGGGACGCGCCUGGCCCGCGUGACUGGGCAUCUUGCGUGCUGCGGGGGUGCGAGGGCGCCGUGCUCGAGGUCGCGCUGGAACAGGCGGGGCGCGCCGUGGUGCAGGACGUCGAGGCGUUCCGUAACGGGGUGACGGAGCUCGCGCCGCCGAAUGAGGGGAUCGAGAAAUGCAACGAGGACAGCUGUGCGGCGUAUGCGCAGGGGAUCGAGAAAGCGUUGAGCACGCUGCACGCCGGCGUGCGGCAGCGCGACGCCCAGCUGGGCCUGCUCGCUCAAGAGAUGCUCGCGCGGGAAGACGCGGACCCGCUGGACGUUGCUCCCGCAGCGACCAUCGCGCAGCAGUUUCGAUACCGCGUCUUCACAGAGCUCACGAGGCCGGGCACCAUUUCGCUGGGCGCAGUACUGCAGUCCUACCUGCAGGCAAAGCUGCUUCUGUUCGGCCACGCCAUGGCGGCGCACGUCCGCGGCCUGGUCGCGACGGACAUGGCCGACAGCGACGACGACGACGGCGACGACACCGCAUCGCUUCCGAUUCUGCCGUUCGGGGCACGCGGGGUCCCCGCCGCUUGCGACCUCCCUGACGUGGGCGAGCUGCUGGGCGCUGCGUUCCGCGAGGGGCUCAGCGCCGCCGCUGUGGCUCUGGAGGCGGUCGGAGCAUCGGAGGUCCUGCGGGACGCGGCCUCGAGUGCCGUCGCGACGCACCUUGCAGGGGUGUUGGCUGACGAGGGGGGAGUGAGGGGGGAGUUCGGACAGCAUGCGCUGGAGCCGCUGCGGCGGUACGCGCGCGCGGUCGUCGUGCCGCUGCUCAACGCCUGUGGCGUGGACGCCUCGAGCCGCGUGCGCGCGGCGGGCACCGGCGAUGCUCUGUCGUGGGUGCACAUGCACAUCUACGAGAGCUUGGGGCGGCUGCGCAUGCAGCAGGCGUUCGACCUAGUCGUGGACUUCCCGGACAGCCGCCCCGCGCUGGAGGACCUGGGGGAGUGUUUGCGGGAGACCUCCCUGCACACCCUCCUCGCACAGACGCUCCGGCAGCAGCUCAGCGCGCGCCUGCUCAUCCCGGGCGCAGACACGUCGCUCAUCAUUACCAAGUGGCUCGACGCCGCGCGCGCGAUCGCCGUCGCGGACCCCUCCGGCGCCACCGUCGAGGCACUGGGGCACCCUGUGCGUGCCUACCUGCGCACGCAGCGGAAGGACACAGUACGUUGCCUCGUGGGACUGCUCACGGAGGACGGCGAGGAGGGCGGCGGCGCUGCGCUGCAGGGCGCGCUCGCUGCGUCGUCGGCCGCACCUGGAGGCGGCGCCAACGCGGCCGCCGCGGACCGUUCGUCGGGCGCGACGGCCCUCAAGGAAGCUCGCGAGUGGGAGCCGGCCCCGGCGCACGUGGCACCGGGGCGCUCGGUGUCGCUGGGUGCUGCCGACCUGCUGGCGGGGCUGUACGGCAGCCGGGACCGCCUGGUCGGGCACUACCAGUCCGUGCUGGCGGAGAAGCUCCUGGGGCGGUCGGACUGGGACACGGACCACGAGAUUCGCACGGUGGAGCUGUUGAAGCUGCAGUUGGGGGAGGACUCGAUGCAGGCGUGCGAGGUGAUGCUGAAGGACGUCGCGGACUCGCGGCGCAUCGCGGCGCUGGUGGGCGGCCGGCUGGAGGCGGCGGGCGCGGGGCGGUGCGCACCGGGCGAGCCGCGCGUGCAGGCCACGGUCGUGUCAGCGCUGUACUGGCCCGCGCUGGCCGAGGAGGGGAUCCAGCUGCCCGGGGACGUGAAGGAGCAGCUGGACGUGUACGCACAGCUGUACCACAAGGUCAAGGCCCCGCGGAAACUUGUGUGGAAGCCGAACCUGGGGCAGGUUCAGCUCGAGGUCACGACGGCGCGCGGCGGCACGACCAGCGUGACGGUGACGCCCCAGCAGGCUGCCAUCGUCCUGGCCUUCCGCCGGCAAGCGCGCUGGCCACUCGCGCAGCUCGCCAAGGAGGUCGGCAUGGACGAGGAGACGGUGCGUCGCAAGGCGGCGGUGUGGGUGUCGCAGGGGGUCCUCCGGGAGGCCCCUGGGGCGCUGGAGCGCGGCGACGGUGCGGCGCCGGACGACGGCGCGGGCGGCAUGGACGUGGACGGCGCGGGCGCGCACGGCGGGGACGCGGGCGGCGGCGCGGUGCAGUCGGAGGAGGAGCGGGCGCGCGCGGAGAUGGGGAUGUACCAGCAGUACAUCGUGGGCAUGCUGACCAACUUCGACGGACUCCCCCUCGCGCGCAUCCACAACAUGCUGAAAAUGUUCGUGAUGGACGCGAAGUUCGACAAGUCGGAGGAGCAGCUCGCGGCGUUCCUCGGCGCCCUCGUCUCCGACGGGGUGCUGCGCAAGGAAGGCGACGAGUACCACCUGGCGUAG